AAUGAACUCCACUGUUGCUAAACAAAACUUUCCAUGGCUGAUGAUACAUCAGAAACCGAAACGGGGCUAGAGGAUAGCGAAGCAACAAAAGCACAAUUGGCUGAAUUCUCAAACAGAUUUGAAGUUGCCUUUAAUGCUUCUGUGGACAAACUUCAAAGCUCUGUGAUAUAUCGGUUGGCGAAGAACAAGGAACCGCGAAGAGAGUGCAUAUUAGGACCCCAUUACAGCUUGGGUAUGCCGCCGGCCAUCAACGAGGUUCUAGAAAACUCGUUGGUGGAUACAUCUUGCUUGACCGGCGGAGCUAGCUGGUCUAGUUGGAACACAAAUUCUAAACAGCCAGGGAGUUGGCCGAAAUUGACACCCAAGUGGAAGAAAUGGGUGCCACGGAUGGAGCACUUUUUCGGCCGCUCAUGGAAAAAAUUUGGUAUUUAUGAUAGCAUUAAAAUGUCUGAGCAAGAAAUCUAUAUGGACCGGCCUCUUCUUGCCGCUGCCUUGUGUUUUUGGUCAUCUGCUACUAACACCAUGAACCUGCCACUUGGGCCAAUGAGUCCAACCUUGCUAGAUAUGGCCGCAAUAUUUGGUUUUCGGCCGAAUGGAGAGGAGAUAUGUGCCUUAGCUGACCUUCCUUUCUCUUUUCAUGCUAGCCUGAAACCAAAAGUGAACAAGGACGACAAGAAAGCCAAACAAAAAGCUGAUGCCAAAGCAAGGAAAUUGCUUAACUAUAGCACUUUCUACGCAGAACAUGCAAUUGCCGAGGAUGUGUCCACGGUUGAGAGGCACGAACCAACGCAACAUGAGCACGCUGCUUUCCUCCUCUAUUGGUUAUGCAAAUACGUGUUUUGCACGAAGUCGAACAAGUGCUUGUUCGAGUUUGCCGGUAUUGCGGAGGCCCUUAGCUUGGGUAAACCUUUAGCCCUUGGUCCGUUUGUCCUUGCCUAUCUUUACCGUACUUUGCGUAAUGUAGUGACCAACAAUAUGAUACUGGAUGUUGGAGGGCCAUUAUGGAUGUUCCAGGUAUGGGUGCAAACUUACUUUCAUCAGCUUCGACCAAGUCAUCCUUUUGAUUCCAUUGUCAUUCUCGGCCGCCAGAUCAUCUCUCUUGGUCCUCAUGCACACUCGGUAGCAGAAUGCUUUGCUUUCUUCCUUUAAAAAAAAACAUGACCAAGGAAGAGUUUGCCAUAUGUUAUAGCCGAGACUAUCCUUCUUGUCUUGCAUUAGACAUAACGAAACCAUGGGAGAGGUCUUUGGACUUGUCAGUACUUCUACCUUGGGGGAGCAUUCUGAUCUCUCGAGACAUAAACUAUGGUCUCAAGGGAACACUGGGUCGGCCAGGGGUUGAGGUUUAUCUUCCAAACUUUGUUGCGCGUCAGCUUGGCUUCAUACAAAGUUGUCCAGCCUUCUUUCUAAUGUCCCGGAAUCUUUUUUCUUCAUGGAGAGGUGGGUUUACAGACACUGCGCAUUGUUCGGCCGUCACUCUUUAUUAUCAGACUCAGUUUGGCAAUUUUGAGAGAUCCGGCCUGAGCACUCGCGAACCUGAUCAUAGAGCAACUCCGACUUUCCAAGCUUGGUGGUCAACAUUUAUCAAGAAGAAACUUGGAGAGGACUCGCGGACAACCGAGCGUAUUGCCUUGUAUGGAUUCCCGGGCUUGCUCACCAACAAGGGCAAUGGCAAGAAGAAGGCACCGGUUUCCAAGUCGAAAUCCAAAGAAACGUCCAAGGAAGAGCAAACCUCAAAGAAACGAGGAUCAAAGUCGGGAAGAGCUCUACCUACCAAGAAGGUAAAGAAGUCACCUGACGUGGUGGAGAGUCCGGUCACGAACCCGGCUGAUAUUAUGGUUAGUGAAGACAUAAUUUUCGAGGGUGAUAUGGAUAAUAGCCAAAAUGCUCUAGUUGAAAAUCACAUCAUGUCUGAAGCUGAGGAUGCGGCCGAAACUAGUGAUGCCUCAAACAACAACACAGGCUCGGUCGACAGCUAAGGUUCGCCUGAUGAAGCACAGUCAGAAAACUUUGAG